UUGAAUACUUCGGUUGCAUAUAGUGUUCGCUUUUUCGUCUCAGGUGAUCGUCCCUUUCUUGGUACACACUCCACUCCAUCGGCUCCCUACGUAUGGAGGUCAUUUAAAGAAGUGUAUGCCAGCGUCAAAAAAUUUGGCUCAGGUCUUCGCACAUUUCAAACAAUCUCUUCACGGCCCUUUUGUUGUAUCGGUGUUUAUGGUAAAAACCGUCCAGAGUGGCUCAUAACACAGUACGCGUGCUUUUCGUACAAACUCGUGACUGUACCGUUGUUCGACACUCUUGGGGAAGAGGCCUUGCUGUACAUAUGUAAUCAAGCUGAACUCUCUGUGGUGGUGUGUGAUACGGCAGCUCAAGCUCUCAAACUUCUGAGCCUCGCGGAAACUGUUCCCUUCGUCAAGCACCUCAUCAUUAUGAAUAAUAACGACGAUCUCAGUGCACUGAAAGAAAAAGCCGGUGAAGCCAUACAAGUUUUAACCUUUGAAGACGUAAUCGCCCUCGGUGAAAAAACUCCUCUUGAAACAAUGCCAUCAAACCCAGACGACCUUGCACUUGUCUGCUACACCAGCGGGACCACUGGUCUCCCAAAAGGCGUGGUGGUCUCAAACAGGAUGAUGCUUGCUAGUCUGAACAACAAUAUCCUCAAUUCUGGCAAAGGCAUUAUGUCCGAGGAUGACAUCUAUCUCUCCUACCUUCCCAUGGCGCAUAUAUUUGAACAAAUGUUCUUACUUCUUGCAAUUUUUAAUCGGGCCAGGAUCGGAUUUUACUCCGGUGAACCCCGUCUGCUCUUCGACGACGCUCGAGUCUUGAAGCCGACCGUCCUAACUACGGUACCUCGCGUGCUGUUGCGAAUUUACGAAGGCGUUCUUCAGAAGAUCGGCAACUCCGACUUCAAACAGUGGCUGUUUAACAAGGCUUUGUCAGCCAAACUCAGUGAGGUCAAUAAGGGUCGUCUUUCAAAGAAGUCGAUAUGGGAUGCACUUUUUUUCUCCAAAAUCCGUGCCCUUGUCGGCGGCAAUAUCCGUGUUCUCGUAUGCGGCGGGGCUCCUAUUCCAACUCACGUGCUAAGGUUUGCACGUGCGGCUUUCUCCUGUUGGGUUUUUGAAGGCUAUGGUUCAACGGAGACCGCAGGCUCCCUAUCAUCCGCGAUCGCAAGUGAUCUUGAUGGCGGCCAUGCAGGGGCCCCUGUACCCGGCCUAAGAGUAAAGCUGUUAGACAUACCCUCAAUGGGCAUUGUAGCCGAACGGGAUAAUAAAGGAGAGGUGAGUGUCAAAGGUCCAAGCUGCACGACAGGCUACUACAAAGACCCCGAAAAUACUGCGCAGCUUUUUGACCCUGAGGGCUGGAUGCGGACCGGAGAUGUGGCUAUCUGGACCGAAAAAAAUAGUAUUAAAAUUGUGGACAGAUGCAAGCACAUAUUCAAGCUAUCUCAAGGAGAAUACGUUGCUCCAGAAAAGAUAGAAUCGGUCUACGUUGAGAGCCGCUUCGUGAACCAGGUCUUUGUGGAUGGUGACACUGAGCAGGCCUAUCCCGUCGCUAUCGUUGUCCCUGAAGUGGAGGCCCUUGUGCAUCAUAUCAACUCCAAAGUUCCGAAUUGCAAUAGCCCCAAACGAGGGCUUUCCAACGGUCGCGUCCCUUCAGAGAACGGAGUCACCGUGAAUGCUGCAGGAGAACACGCUCCGGAGCCCGUAUUUGUCAUUCAUGGGGAGAAAAUGUCCAUGGAGCAGCUGUGUGAAUACAAACCCGCAGUCAAGGCGGUCCUUGAUGAUCUCACUGCACGAGGAAAGGCACGUGGGCUUAAGGGCUUUGAACAGGUGAGUUUUCAAAAUACUUUGCAAGGAUUCAUGGCCAGGUGUCUCAAUACCAAAACGUCGAAUGCAACCCUAAAUAAUUAUCCAAAAGCGGUCAAGGCCGUUCGACUUUCUGCAACACCCUUUACAAUCGAGAAUGGGAUGCUGACACCUACCAUGAAAACAGCCCGAGAGAUUGUUCGACGCGAAUUCGCCUCCGCUAUCAAGGCCCUAUACCAUUCCACAAACGCGGUCAUCUAG